AAUUCGCAAAUUCGUGACAUUCAUCAAGAACAUCUUGCCCUGGGUGGUAUUUAUAUUUCUGAGUUCAAAAUCCUCAUCAUGAAAACUUUUGCAACGUUGGCACUGCCAUUCUUGGCAUUUUUGUUGACUUUUUUCCCACAAAGUGGUGAGUCUGCGUACACGCGUGGUUAUGCUUCAAGUUCCACGACAGCCGAGCGUUCUCGACAAGGGUCAGUAUUACACAGUUUCGACAAGGAAAAGGGGUAUGAAGUCGUGAUUAAACUGGAAGAUGCUUUCGGCGAGGUGGGCGAAGACUUGAAGCUGAUUAAAGACCUCGCCGCGGACAUGCGAGUGGUCAAAGCCUUGUUGGAGGACGUUUCUCAAGACGUCAAGGAAUUAAGGCAACUUGGUCCUGAUACAGAAAAUCUGAUCGAAGGGUCCAACACGGACCGUCGAGUGUCGCAGCAUUCAUUUUCGUCGGGUAGAAAUCGUACGCCUCCGUACAGGCCUCAGUGGGAAGUAUCUCUUCCAAAACUUAAUUGUGCCGAGCUUCGCCUCAGUGGUCAAAAACGAUCUGGCGUUUAUAGCAUUCAACCCGACCGAACACAAGCUACGUUUGAGACCUACUGCGACAUGACGACUGAUGGCGGUGGUUGGACCGUUAUUCAACGCCGCGGUGUCCUCAAUGUUCCAAAAGCUGUCAGAGAAAACUUUUACAGGACUUGGAAAGAGUAUGAGAACGGAUUUGGCUCUGUGCGCAGUGAUUAUUGGCUCGGUCUCGACAAGAUUUUCAUGCUCACCCAAGACUGCAGUCAUGAACUCAUCGUAAACGUGACUGGUUGGGACAACACGUCCAAAUUUGCGAGGUAUGGUCGAUUCAAUAUUUCUGGAAAACAAGACUCGUACCGCUUGGCUAUCGCCAAUUAUACUGGAAAUGCGGGUGACGGAUUACUGCAACACAAUAAAAUGAGGUUUUCCACAUAUGAUAAGCAAAAUGACCAGAAUGGGGACGAGAAUUGUGCAGAACUUUAUCGGGGGGCGUGGUGGUACAAGGACUGCUUUUGGUCCAAUUUGAACGGCGAAUACAGCGACGACGGUGCAAAUGGCGUGAUGCCGACGAGAUCUGGGAUGGAAUGGAGUUCUCGACACUUUUAUUCCUAUAUGAAAACGGAGAUGAAAAUUCGACCAAAAUGCUAGUUCUCUUUUUUACUAUACACUUUUCAUAUUUAAUUCAUGUUCAUGAAUAGAAUUCAGAAAUUAAUAAUAAAAAACUUAUUUAAAUAUUCAAUUCAA